UGAGCAGAGGAGGCGUGGGCCUGGAGAGAGGAGCGAGGGCGCUGAGAGGAGCUGACGGAGCAUUAAUGAGACACUGGCCGGUUAGAGCUACAGGGAUGCAGUUUUAGCCGUAAUCCACAACAAUUUUCAGGCUUGAUCUGCGGACUCGAAAGCGCCCAAAAACUGGGACAAUUUCGACAUUUAAAAGCAAUUUCAGAGGAUUCAUUUAUUCUCAAUAAUGGGCUUGGAACGGUUUCGCGUAAAGACGCCGGGGAUCGAAGCCCUCCUCGUCCGAUCUCUCCUUUGUAUCAGCGGGCUAUUACUCACUUUUUCUGUCUGCGAGGCGUUUAACUUGGACGUGGAGAACCCAGCUGUUUACAGCGGACCUAACGGGAGCUACUUCGGAUAUGCUGUUGACUUUUAUCUGGCCGAUUCUUCCAGUGUGAGUGUGGUGAUAGGAGCUCCAAAGGCCACCACCAAGCAGGUUAAGGUUACAGAGGGAGGAUCUGUCUUCUACUGCCCAUGGAGCAUCAGCCAAACAGACUGUCACACCAUCGAGUUUGAUAUUGAAGGGGAUCGCACCGUCUUGCUCAACGACACAGAACAUCAGGCUGAUUUCAAGUCCCACCAAUGGUUUGGCGCCACUGUGCGUUCUCACGGUGACACAAUUCUGGCUUGUGCCCCUCUCUACUCCUGGCGGACUAAACAGGAUGUCCCCCACUCUGACGCUACAGGAACUUGCUACCUCUCAGUCCAUAAUUUCACCAAAUUUGUGGAGUACGCUCCCUGUCGCACAGAGAUCAGUGAUGCGGUGGGACAAGGCUACUGUCAGGGAGGAUUCAGUGCUGACUUCACAACGGAUGGCAGAGUGGUAUUAGGAGGGCCAGGCAGCUACUUCUGGCAAGGUCAGGUGAUCACUGCAGCUAAGGAGGACAUCAUCAAAGCGUACUACCCAGGCUUCUUCAUGCAGUCUGUGGAGGGACAGAUCCAAACCAGACAGGUGAAGUCUGAGCAUGAUGACAGUUACCAAGGCUACUCUAUUGCUGUCGGGGAAUUCAGUGGUGAUCAGGUGGAAGAUUUUGUGGCUGGCGUUCCAAAAGGACUCAUGCUUUAUGGUUCGGUGUCUAUUCUGAACGGUACAGAUCUGAAGACCUUGAUUAACUACACUGGUGAGCAGAUGGGAUCAUAUUUCGGGUAUGCAGUGGCAACGACUGACAUCAACAGUGAUGGGAUGGCUGACCUGCUGGUGGGAGCUCCCAUGUUCAUGGUUCGGGGCUCCGAUGGCCGUCUGGAAGAGAUGGGCCGGGUCUAUGUUUACCUACAGCGGGGCCCCGUGAAACUGGAGCUCCACCUACCUUACCUGACAGGUACCCAGGUGUACGGGAGAUUUGGCAGCACCAUUGCACCUUUGGGAGAUCUCAACCAGGAUGGUUUUAAUGAUGUGGCUAUCAGCUGUCCGUUUGGAGGGGAGGAUCGGCAGGGACUGGUAUACAUCUACAAUGGAUACUCAGAAGGACUCAGGGAAAAGCCAUCUCAGGUGAUAACUGGCCAGUGGGCUGCUGGUGCGAUUCCUGCCAGCUUUGGAUUUGCCCUCAGAGGUGCCAAGGACCUGGACAUGAAUGGAUACCCAGAUCUCAUUGUUGGUGCCUUUGGUGUUAAUAAGGCAGUUCUCUAUAGAUCCCGCCCAAUAGUUAACACCAGUGCCUUUCUGACAGUUAACCCCACCAUGAUCAACCCUGAAGAGAAGAACUGCAUGGUCACCAGUGGAAACACCAGCAUUCCUGUUUCCUGUGUUAACCUGAGUUUCUGCAUAUCUGCUGAUGGGAAGCACCUACCAGAUGUCCUAGAUUUCCAGGUGGAGGUGCAGCUGGAUAGUCAUAAGCAGAAGCAGAAAAGUGCAGUGAGGAGGGCUCUGUUCUUGGAUUCCCAGCAGCCUUUGCUCCAGAGGAGUGUGAGCGUGCGCCAUGGCGAGCGUGUCUGCCACAACACAAAGAUCUACCUAAGAGAUGAGAAAGACUUCAGGGAUAAACUCUCCUCCAUUUAUGUGGCCUUGAACUUCAGCUUGGAUCCAAACGCUGCCGCCGACUCCCACGGCCUGCGGCCCAUCCUCAACUAUCAGACCACCAACGUAAUUGAGCAGAAGGCUCAGAUUCUGUUGGACUGUGGAGAGGACAACAUCUGUGUUCCUGACUUGAAGCUGGCAGUUAACGGAAACAGGAAGGAAGUCUACCUAGGUGAUGACAACUCGCUGACCUUGACUUUCAACGCCAAGAAUGAGGGUGAGGGAGGGGCGUACGAGGCAGAGCUCUAUGUGGUGCUGCCCCCUGAGGCUGACUACAGCGGUAUUGCCCGCAACAAUGAGAGCCUGACCCAGCUUACCUGUAGCUAUGAAACGGAGAACCAAACCCGAUACCUCAGCUGUGAUUUGGGCAACCCGAUGAAGUCUGCUACCAGUCUGUGGGCAGGUCUGCGCUUCACAGUGCCACGGCUGAAGGACACGCACAAAACUGUUCAGUUUGAGCUGCAGAUUCGCAGUAAAAAUGAGAAUAAUUCCCACAGUGAGGUUGUGCCUUACAAGCUGGAGGUGGUUGUUCAGGCUGAAGUCAUUCUACAAGGUGUGUCUCGACCAGAUAAGGUCUACUUCCCACCGGCCAACUGGAAGCUGACCAAAAACUACGAGGUGGAGCAGGAUGUUGGGCCUGCAGUGGAACACAUCUAUGAGCUGGUGAACAACGGGCCCAGCCGGAUCAGCCACACCCUGCUUGAGCUGCACUGCCCCCUCAGUGUCUGGGGUCAAACUCUCCUUUACCCUCUUGAGUUCUCCUUAGAAGGCCCCAUCAACUGCACCUCUGACAAGAACAUGAACCACCUACGCCUCAAACUCCAGCACACGUCCACAGAACCACCUAUCCUAGCACUGAAGGCCCAUGAGCACCGCGUCGAGAGGAGGGACGUCCACAGACGUCCACAGCUCGCUCAUUUGACUAAUCUGUCCUGCUCUAAUACGGAGUGCUGGGCACUCCAGUGCACCGUGGGUUUGCUGGAGAAGGGGACUACUGCUAUCCUUAAAGUGCGCUCCCGCAUCUGGGCCGAGACCUUCACCGAGAGAGUUUACAAGCAAUAUGUGCUGGAGUGCCUGGCCAGCUACCGCGUGGAAAAGAUGCCUUACGCCAUCUUACCCAAACAUGCUCCCAGUGGACAAAAAGAGGUGGUGACCCCAGUGGUGUGGAAUAAGCCAGAUAUAGAGAACGCAGUUCCUUUAUGGAUCAUCAUCUUGGCCAUUCUGGCUGGUUUACUGCUUCUGGCUCUACUCAUCUACGUGCUAUACAAGCUCGGCUUCUUCAAGAGAUCUCUACCUUAUGGUACCGCCAUGGAGAAAGCUCAACUCAAACCACAGGCUGCCUCUGAGGCCUAAACAACAACCAUAGCUACCAGAACCACAGCACCUGGCCAUAUGAUUGCAACGGAGAAACACGAUGGAACAUGCAGACUGAAUGAGAAAGCAUUUGAAGAGAAAAGUAAAAGAGAGACCACUGGAACUCCACUGUGCUGCACUAGAGGAAGACAACAAUCCAAAGAUCUCCGAGCCAAAUGAAUGUUUCUUUUAUUUGUUUCUUUUUUAACUUAUGUCUUGUUUGUUGGCAGGUUGGGAUUUUUACUAAAUAGAACUUUUUCUCAAUGCCUCAAGGCUAACAUCAGACUGAACAAUGAGAAAGUGACUGCAAAAUACGCGCAGGCCUGCGGAUGCAGUUUGAUGCCUGUUGGGUUUCCUUGUGCUGAUUCGUGUGGUGGAGAGUUCUGUAAUAUCCCUUUAACUGCCUUAUUUUGGUGCUAAUGACCUCACAGGAUAUGGCCACAUGUAGCUUAUGGUAGCCAGGAGCUGUGAAUGACGCUGCCUGUUUAAGGCCUGAAAGUAUUCUUCUGGUAUCUCCUUAUUAUCGGUUAACAGGUUUCAGGUGAGAACAAGAACCUGGCUAUAGCAACGGCAAUAUUACAGGCCUAGAUGUCAAGAAUCCAUCUGUUUAAUAGCUCUGCUUUUAAGACAACAUUUAAAGUUUUACAUAAGGUUUGACCUGUUCGAGGUGUUCCCCUGAUUCUUGCCUAAUGCAUGCUGGGAUAUGCUCCAGCACCUCGCAACCCUGAACCAGAUAAACGGGCGUAGAAAACGCAUAGAUGGAUGUUUCUUAACUGAUCUCUCUCUGCCUCAGGUUGGUGGACAGCGCUUGGUUGAGUUGUUUUUGCACUCAAAGGAAAUCUACUGAUAUAAUUCCACCAAAGACUGACUGACUGACCUUCCUUUGAGUUCUGAUUUUGACUCCUACUGAUCACUUUGUUUAAAUCCUGUCCGUUGAUGUUCAGAGUUACCAAUGCUAGCAUCAUCGUCGUCGUGUAGUCGACUGGGAUGGGACUGGAACCACCACAGAUCUGAGAAACCUCACAUUCGGCUUGAACCAGUGUGGUGCUUCUGUCAAACAAAACAAAGUGGCGUUCUCCUGAAGAAUAUUUUGCUCCUGCUUGGUUUGAAUCAAAGCCACAUGCAAGCAAAUGAAGCCCAGGGGGAAACUGCAGAGUUGAUGGCCAAUGGCGUGAUGAUGUCUUGAACCAAAGACGUGACAAUCAUUAAUGUUGUAGCUUUGGCAGAAAGUUUUAGUCUGAGAGCAGGCGGGAUCAUCGCCCUUUUAGUGGAGGGCUGGGCAAUACGGAGAAAAUCACAUAUCAAGAUAUUUUUUAACGCUUACCUUGGUAUCAGUAUUGUAAGGUUGACUAUUGGAGCUUUUACAAACAUUUUACACAAUGAGAUUUUUGAUAAAUAAUCAUCAUUGAUGUAGAUAUAAUGACUAACAGUCUGAUAAGUUCAGAAAAUUACAUCACUUUACUGUAAUGCAGCCUUUAAAACCAGGAAAAGACAACAAUUAAGCCAUAUUACGAUAUCUAACAUCUAAGACGAUAUCUAAUCUCGUAUCACUAUAUCAAUAUAAUAUUGAUAUACUGCCCAGCCCUGUUUGAGUGUGAAGGAUCCAUUUCCAGCUCAGAGGGUGUGUUACUGUGUUAUAAUGUAUUAUACUGUAUUUGUGACUGCUUUUAGAGUAAAAGCUGCCAACGUUUAGAAAGAAAAGUGGCGGAAGUCAUCCCACUACCAAAAGGCUACAGGGACUAAACAUUAUAAUGCUUCGUGUUGGUUUUCUUUUAUUUGUCAUGUACAUAGAUUUCACGUGCCUUAAAUGUAAAUACUUCAUGUCCGUGGGUAAGAGUUAGGGUUGUGUGUGCUUGCAUGUGCACGUGUGAUUUCAUGCAUACAUGCAUUUGUGUGAAUGGUAUAUUUAUGAAUGUUUGUUUUGUGUAUGAAUUGGUUAUUACCUUUCCCAUUGCUUAGGCCUGUUCAUCCCAAUCUGUAGCUUGAGAUUGUUGAGGUUAAUCGAUUCUGCAAUACUAUUAGUCGUGAUAGCAUAACUACAGUCUAGGUAACUUGUUUAACUGCAUGGCAGCAGUCAAAACACUGACAACCUCGGUGUAAUUCCCAAAACUUUUCUGAUUGUGGGUCAAAUGUGUAGUUUUCAAAAAUCAGUGUGUCUGGAAUUCAAACCCCAUGGGUCAUUAAAAAUGUAUUCUCUAUCAAAAUAACUGUGCAACACUACUAAAUAAUUUAACAGUUGACAUGAUAUAGUUUAUUGGUGUCCCCAUAUAUUACAAAAAGUAUUUCUUUAUCUGCUGUUUUUUAAUUUAAAUUCAUUUCUCAGCCAAGAGGUUACAGAGAGACAGAGAUAAUCUUACUAAAUUUAGUUGACAUCUAGUGUAAAACUAGGAUGUGCAAUGUACAUAGUGAAAUGUAUUAGGAACGGUUGUUGACAGCAGUUGGACUGUGGGCUGUGGUUUGGCCACCCCAAACCUGCAGGAUGUCUUGUACCUCUAACACAGGGAUAACAACUAGGCACUGGGAACUAAAUGUUUAGAAGUGCAAUAUUUAUAUUCACCCUUUUAAAAAAAAAAAAGAAGAUAUUACAGUGCUUUCUUUUGUUUUAUUUGUGACUGAGUUGUGAUAAACCAGGACUUUUUGUUUCAAAGUAUGUAAUGGACACAUACGCUAAAUCCUUUGUAAGGUUCUGGCUUUUCACUUUCACUUGUUUUCUCACUAAUCAUACUUCAAAGUGUGAAACUUUUUUUUCCACUUCUGACGUAUACUCACCACUUCUACGCUGGACCACUUUUUCUAAAGGUACUGUUUUUUUUAAUACCGCAGACUGACACAAAAAUGCAACAACCGGAACAUAUCUGAGCUGAACUUGACAUAGUUUCAUAAUUUAUGUGCUCUGCUGUUGCACCUGACCAAACACCGACAUUAUACGAACCAUAUGUUUUACAUGUGUUUGACUCAUCAUCGCACUCUUUUCAUGCCUCCUCUUAUUAGCUAGUGAUUUACAAUUUGUCAAAUGGUCCACAAAAUCCCCAUAUGGUAGUAAAACAUCUUUAAAACAUCUAUACCUUUGUCUGUUCUCCACUGAAGAUGUCGACCCAUUAUUUAUAAUGACAGGGGAUCGUUGUACUACUUUGUCUAUGGCUACAUCAGGGGAAGGCACUGGGUUUUCCUUUCUUUUUCUUUUACGUGUCUCAGCCCAUUUUCACUCUCCAGGACUUCCAAAAAGAAGUUGUACAUAUUUAUGACAAGGAGAGUAUUUUUUAAAUCAACAGUUAACUGAUUUGUUGUGAACUUCUCUCACCCCAUAUUGGGGAGAACACUCUUGUCAGCGGAAAGAAUGGGGGACGGGAGUCUUUGGAGGUCACUUUUUACCUGUUAUGGUUUGUACUUUUUAAUAAAAUAUUUCCCUUUUUACAAACUCUUGUGCUUUCAUUGA